GCAACGCAACAGUGCUACCAACUGCGCCACUGUGCAGCCUUUAUCCACAAUGUAUUCUAUAAUAAUAAUAAUAGUAUACUUACAAGUGCCUUAUUUACAGCUGCAAAAACAAAAAAAAGGGGGAAAGAUGUAAUACAAGCCCAGCUACUAGAGGGCAACAAAGGUUGUUCAGUUCAAUACUGCCCCACUCUGGUUUAAACCUAUGGUUCAGAUUGUUUGAAUUGGUGUCCUGUGAGAUAGUUAGCAGUAGUCAGUACCUUACUUGCAGAAGACAGACGUUUUAUCAAAGAAAAAACUGAAGAUUUAUCUUAUUUGGGGAAGGUUAGCUUCACUAAACAAAGUAAUUUUCAGUCACAGUCAAACUUAGAAAUGUCAUGCCGAUGUGAGCCAGUGCUUUGUGAGCUAAUGGCAAUCUUCUUUUCCACUUGAAUAGUAUGAGAAUGCUUGGAGGAGGUUGGACUUAAACUUCAACCAUUCCUUUGUUACUUCUAAAGGAUAGAUUGGACUUCCUCAUUAUUUUUUUUUCUGAGGAAAUAAGAGAAUUUACAAGAAGUUCAUUUUCCUGGAUGUAGAGGGACAUCUAAUCCUUGAGAGAUUGAUGCAUUUGAAAAACAAAAAACUAUAAAUAUUUAGUUAGGCUGAAUUAAAUAUUUGACUAAAUGAGCAAUGAAUCAUUCUGGCGUCUAGUUAAAGGUGUGUCCCUUCCAAGUCAAUAUAUAAUUGUUCCCAUGUGAAUAGCCUAUUGUGGAGAUUGUUCCUGUCCUCUAGAUAAAAUUGGCCUAUGUUUCUAUUUAUAUAAUUGUGAUACAAAAAAAAAAUCAUACAAAAGCGAAUGAAUGGCUUUUGUGGCUUAUUUCUAAAAAUAAAGCAGUCUGGUUUUUUGCCUAUUUGUUGCAGAUUCUCAUCUCUCAGUUUCUCUUUUCAAUCUGUUUUUUUCAUUAUCUCAAUGACUUAAUGACAUUUACACAUAGCUGAUCAUGAGACACAGACUACUGAUGCAAGUCAGUAAGAAAAUGAGACCUAGUUUUAUCUGCCUUCAUGAGCUGUGUUUCGCAGUAAGUAAAGCAGUAAUAGUUGAGGGCCGCUCAUAAAAAUAUAUCAUUAUUUAUUUAGUCGUUUAUGUCUUGAAGAAAGAACAGUCUUGUUUGCACUUACUUUUAUGUCCUCAAUAAGGAACAGAAAGUUUUAGGAGGUCUUUUUCAGGAAGUGUGAUUGCUUAAUAAUGUGGGAAGGAUUGAGACCUGUUACCAAAGGUUUUUUAGCUUGUCAAUGGUCUCUAGAAAAAUCAUUUUCAUAUCCAUGGGUCCUAUUGCUCGCCCUGACUGAAAGAUGAGAUUUAUGAUGUGAAAACAGUUAGCAACCACCAAGUCAAACAAAAAUGCUGUGGAUGAAGAACGUUUUUUAUUCCACAAUGCGCUGAACAGCAGAUCUAGCAAGUUUUCACUCGUGAGUUCUGUGUGUUCAUUUCCAGCAACUACAAUGUUUUCCUUUAGAUACAUGAUAUUAUGAUAAAUCUUUAUUUAUGCUUUCUGUGUUUUUCUUUUUUUUAUUUCACUCAGUAAAAUGGGCACAAGAAGUAAACGCCUGCUUUAUGUAUAUUCAGUGGUCGCAGUUCUUCUAUAAUCAGCAGUUCUCGAACAGUUCGGUUGUGUGUGCUUUCUCACAUGUCUACGAUGUUUAAAUCGGUGUUAUUCACAAUUUAGACGGCGAAGUGCCAACAUGUCAUAAAUCUGACUUAUUUUGAAUGUCGUUGGAAAUACCUGCGACCUUUGAACGUAUCAGAUACUACAGUGGGGACUUUAAGCCCUGCGUAAUGUCUUACAGGCUUAAAUUGGGCUACUGUGAACCACUGGCUGAUCCUCAGCGAAAGUUUUAACAGAUUUAAUGUUUAUGUGUAAUGUAGAACUGAAACCAUAAUCAUUGUUUGAGAGACUGCAUUGUUUUAUUUGCAUCCACCUGGAGGGAGAGCUCCCGCGAGACUAAACUCAGAUUUCAAGCACUGUUAGAUCUGGAAGGUAUGUGUCCUUUGACCUCAACACAUCUUUUGACCUUUUUCUCCCCGCCCCUCAUUACCCGGGCUAAAAUAUUAUUAAAGGCGAUCACUGAUGAUUAAUAUUUAUGUUUGUAUUUAGUUAUGGUUUUGAUAACCUUAUUUAGUGUUUAAGGCAGAAUAAUACUUUUGCAUACUUUAGUUUUAGUUCCAUGUUAUCCGUGGUGUGUUUUUUACAUAAAUUAUUUUUGAACACACUGAAAAUACUAACUCAUAUUGGAAGUAAAGUGUGAUUUUAUGCAUAAGGAUUUCACAAAAGUUGUUAAAAAUCGCUCUGAAGAUGGAAAUUGCUCAGAUUUGUGUGCAUUUGGGUUAGUGACAUCACAAGAGGCAAAAGAAUCAAAAAUGAUCAGCUGCCGAUUAGAAAUUAUAAUGGCAGACGAUGAUUAAUUAAGGUUCAGUCUUAUGUGCUUAACCCAAAGAUUGACUCUUAAAUAUAAGACUCUAAAUCAAGUCUGGCUGUUACAAUGACCUUACAUGCCAUCAAGUGCUGCAGAAGCCUGUUCAUAACCCACUUAUUCAGGUCAGGGGUGUGGCAGAAGAGAAACACCUAAAACAUGGAGGGCAGUGGUCCCUGAGGCCCAGAAUUGAGAACCAUUGCCUUAAACUGAUACAUAAUUUCCAAGCACUGUAGCUCUCCAUACACUCUGAACUUAUAUUACUUUGGUAAGUUUUCUCUCUUCUUCCCUCUGUUGUUGACAGGUAUGAUAGCGACAAUAUUGGCUGUUUGGGAGGUCCAUUCAUGGUGGGGCUUAGUGGUUCGUAGUCAUCAGCCAAUGGAUUAAUGACUUAAAAUGAUUACUGAAACUCCGAUACUUAAAUGUGUCCGUUUCAGCCUGCCUCUUCACAAAGCAUUUUCUUGUUAAUUGUUGCUUUAUGUGGAAUAAAUGAACUUAUUCCAUAUGGGUGUUCGAAUAUGGUAAACACGUUUGAAGGAUGACUUUGAAUAAAAUCGAAUCAAAUCGAAUUCACAAAUAACUUAUCUAUUCCAAAGGGAAAUUAAAUAUUGUAACUCAUUAAUUCAAAUCCUUCAAAAAGUUAUUCUAGAUAGUGAUGGGAAAGGUCUCUUGUAGCAGUCUGUAUUACAGUGAAUUUGAAGAAGCCUCUGACUGAAGGCACUCUGUUUUCCCAAGUCAGUCUCAUGAAGAAGAUGGUCAGAGUUGUCCAUAGUUUUCUUGAUUUUAUGAAGAAUACUUCUUUGCGUCAUUAUCUCCAGAGGUUCGAAACCUGCAAACAUAAGACGAAAUAGGUAAAAUGGAAAUCCAUAUGCUCAAAAGAACUCUGAUCAGCUGUCUUAUGUGAUGUCAGAUGUGAGUGGAAAUGUAGAUUUUUAUCUUGAUUGAAUAACUACUUACUGCAAAACAACAAACCAAAUAGAAAAACUGUGUAUGACAUUGUAUUUAGUAGGUGACCAAAUAUUAAAAAAAAAAAGAAACAGAUUGAUUUAGAGAGAAAUCCUACUGGUGGCUUUAAACCUAGUUAGUUACAGUAAUGAACCAAUUUGUAUGAAAAAAAUCUGUUUAGAAAAACUAAACACCAUUUAAUGUUUAUCGUGUUUUCUCAUGUAGAAAGCUUUGUUCAUGUGCAGAAGCGUUCAGUGUCUCCUGCAGCUCGGACACUAGCUGAAAGCCCAUCAUGCCUCUGUUUCGGGCUUUGGAUGAACAGGCAGAGGCAAAGGCUCGGCCCAGGCGGAGGGGCCUGAGGAACACCAAGGCCACUGGAAGCUGCUGGAGGAUGCGUGAUGAUGACCGGGUCCUUUCUCUGACACGCCUCUGCCUGUUGAGCCUCGCUGACAAUAUGAAGGACCUGUGGGUGAAAGACUAUGCUGACAACUAUCUUGAUCAUUAUUCAUUCAGAUACAUCAUGGGGCCUUUCAACCUACUACCUGGUGAACUGGUGGAGGAGUUGACGUGGCUGCUGUCCAAUAGAAAGCAGCUGUCUCGGGCAGCGCUCCACCUCCUGCUGGUCCCCCACCUCCAGGGUCUGUCCCUAGAGAGGUGUCCUGGCUUGGUGACCCCGGCAUUGUGUGCUCACAUUGCUGCCCGCUGCCAGGGUCUGCGGAGUCUGGACCUGUCUGGAGCACAGCAGCUACCUCCAAAGGCCCUCUGUGAAACCAUGUCCAGUCUACCUGCUGUGCGGUCGCUGUCCUUGGCCGGCAUGCCUUGUGACAGGAGUGUGAUCCAAACGGUUGCACGCCACUGCCGUUUGCUGCAGCACCUCGACGUGUCCCGCUGUCACCUCCUCUCCCCUGCUGCUCUGCUUCCUCUCGGCGGUGUGGUUUUGAGGCCAUCCUCGUCCUCCUUUUCUUCAACCUCAUCUCCUCUCCCGCUCAGCAGCCUGUUGGCUCUGGAUAUUGGGUUUGGGGAACAGAAAGAAGACUCUACCGUGGCAGCAGCCUAUCUCCUUCUCUCUCUGCCUUGCUUGAAAAGAGUGGCCUUGGAGGGCCUUGGACCAGCCUGCUUUCUCAUCGAGCAGAGGGAGUUCAGCCAGGCAGAUGAAUUUGCUGACAGGGAAGGUGUUUCCAGCCUGCACCUCGUGUGGAGGGAAAGGCUGCUCGGGCAGAGCUCGGAAAGUUGGAUGACGAUGAGAGGGGAAGAAUCUACUGAUAAUGGAGAGGUGGAGAGCCCAUUAUUGGAGGAGGACGGCUGUGACACUGAAGAAGAUUUAAUCAAAGAUGAGUGGCCUUUUUGCUUACAAAUCCAAACAGAGGAUAGGAUGCAGAAUUUGUCCCAGUCAGGCCUGAUCCUGCAGCUCAAAGACGUUAAAGGUGUAACCUCUGAAUCUCUGAGGAGUUUAGGAAAUUUGUGUCCAGGUUUAAACUCUUUAUCCAUGAACAUAGGCAAACGGGGGCCACUAUUAACUGCUGAUCUCCAGACGUGGUCAGGCCAGCUGCUCAAUCUUUCAUUUAUUUACUCUGGCCCAGUGGUAGAUCUUCUUCCUGCCUUGCAAGUCGCAGGUUGCUCACUGAUCUCUCUGACGUUGGAGGGGGUGAAAACCAGCACUGACACCCCACUACUGGAGCUCAUCAGAGUCUGUCCCAGACUCAGAGACCUCCUUAUCUCUGCUGAGCCUCCUGCUACACCACAGUACGAAACUAAUGACAAUCAGCAGGAUGAUCAAGAUCUCCCAAAGCUGCCAAAUCUCCGCUCUCUCAAGCUCAGUUUCUCCUAUGAGCACAACCAAAUGAAGCCCUUGAUGUACUGGAUGUCCCUAAAAGAAGUGAUCAGGUGUCUCCUGAUUGGCUCUCCUUUACUCGAGAAUCUCUCUUUGAUCUCCUUGCCGUGCCCUUUAAACUGCGUCAUACAGGACACCCUGCGUAGUGUGAAUCUGGAUGUGAAUCCCAAUGCAGAUUCCUCUGGCUUACCGCCACCGCCACUUGGAAGGAUCGAGCAUAUUGAUCUGCUGCGAACAGAUGUGCAGAUGAGCACUGUGAAGAGCGUGAUGCAACUGAGCAAGAGGCUCAAGUACGUGGAUGUAAGUUACUGCUGGCGGAUCAGUCAGCGUGAGUGGCUAAACUGCAAGAAGUUCAGACAAGUCGAAGUUGUCUGGGUGUAAUAAAAAGAGGGGAGGAUUUUAACACUAAGGCGUCUUAUAGGGAAUCAAAAUACACUUUUACAUGUUAAAUUGUAUAUUUAUCAUAGUCUCUUUGGAUAAUUUAUGUUUGUUUUUUGUAACAGACUGAUCUUUUUAAUUCACUAUUAUGGAAAGUUGUAUUUUAAUAACCAAUUUAUAUUAACUUUACCCUCUGAAUAUACUUGUGAUGCGACUGAAAACAAACAUGUAAAGUGUUUGAGAAAUCAUGUGGAAAUCACCAUAUUUUUUUCUUUUUAUGAAACUGACAAUAAAUUCACAUUGGAUUGAAAGCAACAAUAA